AACAAUAAAAUGUCAAUAAGAAUAUAGUAUUUAAGAGUUAAAUUUUGUAGAGUAAUUAAAGAUUUCAUUUAUUUAAAAUUUGUUUUAAGUAAUAUUAUUUUGUUUCUACAUUUUGCUACAAUCAUUGAAUAUGACUUUUCAAAUCAGAAAGGUAUUUAUCAUUUUAUGCAGUUUAAUAUCAGUAAUGACUUCUCCUUCAACAAUAGAAAACAAUGAAGAAGCUAGUUCAUCAACGAUCGAUAUUGAAUCCCAAAAUGUUUACAAUGAACUUAAGAAAAUAUAUAAUCAGUUAAUAGUUAAAUACCCAUCAAAAAAAGAUAAAUUAUCAGCAAAAUAUACAAAACUAUAUACGGAUUCAAUGAUAGUUAGAGCUAUGAUUCUUAAUGAUAAUGAUUUAAUCAAACAAAUACUAAAUGAAUGUAAAAAACUAGGAGAUAAUCUAGACUUUAUAAAAUAUGGUACUAUAGUCAAGGAUAUUAUGGAAGAAAGAUUAAAAGAUCCAUUGAGUUUGCAUUGUUAUUUAAAUAAUGAUGAAAUAUUGAUGAAAAUUUUUGAAUAUUAUUCUAAUUAUUCAAAAUACGUUUCAAUGUCAGUAUUUUUAGAUUUUUUGAAAAAUGAAAGACUACUGGAAGAGAAUGAAUUAUACAAUAAUAUAGUUGACCAAUUAAAUUUACAAAAUUUCUCUGAGAUGAUGAAACCUCAUUUGCGAAGAUAUUUGGACAAUAUGGGAAUAGUUCCAGAUGCAAGAUUUUUUAAAUAAGUUUUUCUUUGUAUGAAUGUGUAUCAAUUACUAAAAAUUUGUGUAUUACAUUUGAAAAUCAUAAAAUAUAUGACUGUAUUAUAACAAUAUUACACCUCAUAAUAAUUAAUUUUUUAAAUAAAUUUUAAUAUUACUUAAUGUUAUAAUAAAGAUUAUAAGAUUGUCUAUGAUAUUACACUAUGAAAAGUUUUGAAAAAAUUAAUUUAACCAUAUUUUUA